AUGGGCGGCAUAAAGAGAAAGGACGCCCCGAGCGAUGCGAAGGUUAAGAGCAAGAAGUUGAAGAAGGAAGAUGUGAAGCCGGCGAAGGAGAGGAAGAGCAGUCGCAAGGUCGAGGUUGAGGCCGACGGCGGAGAGGAUGGGUUUGGUGGCUUCUCGGACGAAGAGAACGGUGGCGUAGAGUUCGAGGACGAUGAGCCUGUGAAGACCAACGGCACAACCAAGAAGGUCGACGGUGCGCCCAACGAUCCAAAGCAGUUCAAACCCGACAACACCUCUUCAGCAGAAGCGCACGCCAAACAGCGCGCCCUCGCCAAAGAGCGCAAAGCCAGCAAGCCCCACGCCGACGCCAUCCAGCGCAGCAAGAAGAUCUGGGAGCGCUUGCGGCGAAAGUCCCACGUCCCGGGUGAGGAGCGCAAGCAGUUGGUCGCGGAGCUAUUCGACAUUAUCACGGGACGAGUGUCGGAUUUCGUGUUCAAGCACGACAGUGUGCGGGUGAUACAGUGUGCGCUGAAGUAUGCGAACGCGACGCAGAGACAAAAUAUCGCGCAGGAGUUGAAGGGCGAUAUCAAGACGCUGGCGGAGAGCAAGUAUGGGAAGUUCUUGGUGGCGAAGAUGAUCAGUACGGGCGAUGAGACGGUGCGGGAUACGAUUGUGCCGGAGUUCUACGGGCAUGUGAGGAGGUUGGUCAAUCAUCCCGAGGCGAGCUGGGUGGUGGAUGAUAUCUACCGGCAGAUUGCUACGCAGCAGCAGAAGGCGACGAUGCUGCGGGAGUGGUAUGGAGCGGAGUUUGCGCUGUUUCAUCGCAAGCCGGGCGCGAACGCUGCGGUGGCUGCUACGACGGAGGAUACGGCGGAUUUGGUCAUCAUUUUGGAGAGGAAUCCCGAGAAGCGGAAGCCGAUCUUGCAGUAUCUACUGCAGAUGAUCAAUGGGCUUGUGCAGAAGAAAAUGACCGGCUUCACGAUGCUGCACGACGCUAUGCUACAGUACUUCCUCGCCCUCAAACCCAGUUCAGAAGAACACACCGAGUUUCUGGAGAUUCUGAAAGGCGACAUCGACAAGGAAGUCGAAGGCGGCGGAGGCGACCUCUUCCGCAACCUCGCCUUCACCAAAUCCGGCAGUCGCCUCGUCUGCCUCGCCCUGGCCUACGGCAACGCCAAAGACCGCCGAACCAUCCUUCGCGUCUUCAAAAACGCCAUCGAAGUCAUGGCGCUCGACCAGUACGCCAAAAUGGUGCUCGUGGUCGGGCUCGACGUCACCGACGACACGAAAACGAGCACCCGCAUCCUUGUACCUGAGCUCUUCGGCCAGCACAUCACCGACUCCGACGAACGCCUCAAUCGCAUCGAAGCACUAUCGACCAACCUGCACGCCCGUCUCCCAAUCCUCUAUCCCCUAUCAGGAAUGGCGAAAUGGCUCAUCCCCUCCCCGUCACCCGACCACGACCUCCUGACCGAAAUGCACUCCAUCCGCGCCAUCACGUCCAAAAAAGCCCCUGAGACCCGCCGAAGCGAAUUACUCGAAACCAUGACCCCUCCCCUCCUCGACCUCGUCGCCGCGCGAGCGGAUUCUUUAGCGCGCUCGAGUUUCGGAUGCCAGGUCAUCACGGAAGUCCUACUGUCUUCUCCACCGUCCGAGCAGAGGGAUGAAGCGAGUAAAGCCGUCGCGGAGCUGGCUGCGGGAGAGCCGGGAGCGGAGGGACAUCUAGCGCACGACGCGGCGGCGGGGAGGAUGCUGAAGAGUCUUGUUCUUGGAGGAGCUUUCGAUGCUAAGACGAAGAAGGUGAUUCUGCCGGAGGAAGGGCAGAGGUUGGGUUUUGCGGCGCAGUUGUACCCGGUCAUCAAAGAUUCGGUGCUGGAAUGGGCGUGUGGGGAGGGCAGUUUCGUCAUCGUGGGCUUACUUGAGAGUGAAGACGUGGAGGGGGAGUCCAAAGCGGAGGUUAAGAAGUUGUUGAAGAAGGGGAGGAAGAAGUUGGAGGGUGCGGCGAAGGGGGGGAAGGGUGGGGAGGGGGAGGUUGUGAGGGGGAAUGCUGGGGCGAGGAUUUUGGGGGGGUUGGUUUAG